AUGAGCUUUAAAGGCUUCCAAAAGAGCCUCACCCGGGCGCCGCAACAAUUUAAAUCAAAGUUCAAUAUCGGCGAACAUACCAAAGAUGCUGUCUAUAUCGAUGCCGAACGACGCUUCCAGGAACUCGAGACUGAGACCAAAAAGCUCCACGAUGAGUCCAAAAAGUACUUCGAGUCCAUCAAUGGCAUGCUCUCACAUCAGAUCGAGUUUAGUCAGGCCAUGACUGAAGUCUACAAGCCAAUCUCUGGUCGCAUGUCUGAUCCCGACUCGAUAAAGUUCGAAGGAAACCCCGAAGGUAUCCGUGCCUGCGAAGAAUAUGAAGCUGUUGUCAAGGACUUGCAAGAAACGUUGGCCCCUGAGUUGGAGAUGAUAGAGUCUAGGAUUAUCCGUCCCGCCAACGAGUUGCUCGAUGUCAUCAAGGUGAUACGCAAGUCCGCACUCAAGCGUGAACAUAAGCGACUGGAUUACGACCGACACCGCACGACCCUCAAGAAGCUACAGGACAAGAAAGAACGCACUGCUAAGGACGAGAAGGCAAUGUGGAAGGCCGAGGGAGAUGUCGAGCAAGCUACCCAGGAGUUUAACUACUUUAACGAUCUCCUCAAGGAUGAGCUGCCGAAGCUUUUCCAACUGGAGCGCGAAUUCAUCCAGCCUCUGUUCCAAUCGUUCUAUUACAUGCAACUCAACAUCUUCUACACUCUACACGAGAAGAUGCAAAAUUGCGAUAUUGGUUACUUUGAUCUGACACUCGAUAUCGAGGACGCUUUCCACGAGAAGCGCGGUGAUAUUCAGGAGCAAACUGAAGCGCUGUCCAUCUGCCGCUUCAAGACGACUGGUCGCCCACGUCCUGUACGAUACGGAGCAAAGCCCGCUCUCGAAGGCCCCAAGCAGCCUGCCCUCCUCACACAGGGCGGCGAAGACUCCAAGCCUUCAAGCAGCACUGUAACCAGCCCCAAAAUCGGCGGCUGGCAGCGCCCAGCUUCGACUGCGAACGGCUCGGCGGCUCCUCCUCCUUACACUCCCCCAACAGGAGCCAAUGCCGGCUUGGCAGCCAUUGCUGCCGGCAAGAAGAAGCCCCCGCCACCCAAGCCCAAGCCCAAACCUAUGCGCUUGACAGCCCCGGGAGUGGAGACUGUCACGGCUCUCUACGAUUAUGCUGCGCAAGCCGAGGGUGAUUUAAGUUUCCGAACCGGGGACGUUAUUGAGAUCGUUACAAGAACGCAGAACGAAAACGAGUGGUGGGUUGGACGUCUGCAAGGCAAAGAGGGCCAGUUCCCAGGCAACUAUGUUCAACUCAACAGUUGA